CUGUAUAUGGCAGAGCUCUUUAGCGGCGGCAGUAGCUCUCACUGCAACCUUAAAAAGGACCUCAAAACCACCGAAACACGGCAUCCACGACCUUUGCCGCUCCUUGGGGAUGAUUUUUGGAUGACCGAAGAGUCGUCUCGAGCUCAGACGACGGCUCAGGACCACCUCUGACGGGAGAAAGUGGGUGAAAAAAACACAAAUCCUCCCGCUUUACCCUCCUGGCAAAAACGGCAAAGUCAAUGCGGCGCUUGAGGACUCGGCUGCAGCUCCGUCACCUCUCACUCUCUGCUGGUCACAUUUAACUUCAACAGCAAGGAACACGGCACUUGGGCAGCCUUUGGAGCCGACGAACGACCUUUUCUGGCCGAGACGGAGGCAGACAGCUGGCCCGGGCUGAGAUAAGAUAAAAGAAGAGGGGGAAGGCCAGCUCUCCGUUGGGUUUCACCCCUUUUUCAGCCUUUUCAGCCACUAUGGAUUGGCUUAUGGGGAAGUCCAAGGCAAAGCCAAAUGGUAAGAAGCCGCCCACAGAGGAGAAAAAGCAGUACCUGGAGCCGGACUACACCAAAGUGAGGGUUGUUGAUUUUGACCUUAAGGAGCUGGUAGUGUUGCCACCAGAAAUCGACCUGAACGAAUGGCUCGCCAGCAACACCACAACAUUCUUCAAUCUCAUCAACCUGCAGUACAGCACAGUGUCAGAGUUCUGCACAGGCGAUACGUGUCCCGUCAUGUCCGCCUGCAACACGACAUACUACUGGUAUGAUGAGAAGGGAAAGAAAACUAAAUGCACAGCGCCACAGUAUGUAGACUUUGUCAUGAGUUCAGUCCAGAAACUCGUCACUGAUGAGGACAUCUUUCCCACUAAGUAUGGUAAAGAGUUCCCGAAUGCCUUCGAUUCACUGGUGAAGAAAAUCUGCAGAUACCUGUUCCACGUGCUGUCCCACAUCUACUGGGCUCACUACAAGGAGACGGUGGCAAUGGACCUGCACGGACACUUAAACACCCUCUACACACAUUUCAUCGUUUUUAUAAGGGAAUUCAAUCUGAUGGACCCCAAGGAGACUUCCAUAAUGGAUGACCUGACGGAGGCUCUGUGCACGCCCCUGCCCCAAACUCCACAGAACCACGUCACAGAGAGAUGAGGCCCAUAGCCCUCUCUGGUCCUGCCAAGCUGGGGUCCCCCACCCCCCAACCCCAGGGAGGAGAGAAGGACUACAGCGGCCCCGCUGGUGCUGGAACUCUCAGCCCUUCAACCGCCCACAACUUUGCUCUCUUUUAGGACCCAGUCAGUCAGGAGUGAUCAGCCAGACCUGCGAAGGGGCAGCACAUGCUGAAAAUUCUCCUGAGGCUGUCCUGUCUGUGAGCCUAGCCCUUUAACCAGGAACGAUUCAGAACUUUCUUGCUCCCUCCUCC